AUGGCUGAGCACACACAAAUUGCCUUCGGCGACAGGAACCGCGGCGUCCAAGUCGGGUUGAACAGUGGAUCAAUCACCAACGAGUUCCACGUGCCACCCGAACGACCAGAAACACCACCGAAACCGUGCCUCACGAUCCCCUUCCGCCGCGACGCCGACUUUGUGAAUCGCGACACCCUCUUGGACCAGAUACAAGAUGCCUGCUCGCGACCGGCCUCCCGCGUUGCUCUUGUGGGGUUGGGCGGAGUAGGCAAGUCACAGCUCGCCAUCGAGUACGCCUAUCGAACGAACGACGUAGCGACACAGAAGAGUCGACCUACAUGGGUGUUCUGGAUCCAUGCCGAGACGCGGGCCCGCGUGGAGGAGGGCUUCAGAGCCCUCGCCGAUACCGUCAAGCUCCCCGGACGAAAGCAGCCAGACGCGGACGUCCUACAGCUUGUAGAGCAGUGGCUCCGCGGCAUCGAGAACGGCCCGUGGCUCCUCAUUUUGGACAAUGCAGAUAACGUCAGCGUCCUGUUCGAUACCGAACGUGGCUCCACUAGCGCCGCCAAUGCGACCGUGGCGAACGAUAGUAGGGGGCGAGCUCUCUGGACGUAUCUGCCGCAAAGUUCCCACGGGUCGAUCCUGAUUACAACGAGAAAUGAGAAAGUUGCUGAGAAGCUGACUGGAGGCGGUAAGAGCAUCAGGGUCCAACCAAUGGACAAGGAGCAUGCACUUACAUUGCUCAAGAAGAAGACCGGCAACAAACCCGACAUGGAGAACGGUGUGGCGUUAGUGGAAGCCCUUGAGUACAUACCUCUAGCGAUCAGUCAAGCAGGGGCGUACAUCAGACAGCAGGCGCCGCGGACGCCGCGAACCCCAAUCCGCAAGUACCUAGAGGAUUUCCAGAAAAAUGAGCAACGGAAGUUCAGCCUGUUGAACCGGGACGAGGGCGACCUGCGACGAGACCGCGACGCAUCGAACUCUGUGAUCGUGACGUGGCAGAUCUCGUUCGAGUCUAUCCGAUCGGAGCGUCCGUCAGCAGCCGAUCUCCUUUCGCUCAUGAGCUUUUUCGAUCGCCCGGGGAUCCCAGAAUCGUUAGUACGGCCGCUGGGCUACCUCUCAAGUAAAGAUCGCGAUACGCAUUACUCCGAAAGCGAGAGGAAUGAAGAGGAUAGCGACAUCGACGAAAGGAGUGACUUUGGUAGUGAGAGUAACAGUUCCAGUGCCAGCAGCGCUUCCGAGGACUCAGUGGGGCAGAGUUUCGAGGAUGAUCUACAAAUGCUGCGGAGUUAUAGUCUGAUCUCCAUGGACGAGACAGGGGAGGUCUUUGAGAUGCACAGUCUUGUGCAGCUUGCAACGAGAAGGUGGCUAAGUACCGAAGAAAGAGUCGAACUAUUCAGGAACAGUUUGUGA